AUCGUUAAUGUAUAAAUUUUCUAAUUAUCAAUACAACUCUCUCUCUCUCUCUCUCUCUCUGCAACAAUGGCACACUUCGCCAUAGCACUACUCUCUCUCAUCUUCCUCUCUUCAGCGCACCUCUCUCUCUCCGCGAUCGACGUCCACGACCUUCUCCCUCUCUUCAACCUCCCCAAGGGGAUUAUACCGCGGGAAAUAAAGUCGUUUUCCUUCUCCAACACCGACAAUUCCUUCACGCUCGAGCUGAGCUCAAACCCUUGCUACGUCACAUUCGACGAUCAGCUCGUCUUCUACGACAGGAUCAUCGAGGGGAAGCUCGAGUACGGCAAAGUGAGCGGAGUUUCCGGCAUUCAGGCCAAGAAGUUCUUCAUUUGGGUGUCCGUCACCGGCAUGGAAGUCGACGAGGAAAACGAUCUGAUCGAGUUCCACGUCGGAGCUCUGUCGAAGAAGCUGCCCGCUGCGGAUUUUCAGCGCGUUCCUAGCUGCAAAUCGAAGGGGUUGCGUGAUUUGUCUUCUUCGGCGUCGAUUUGAGCAUCACAGCAAACGUGCUCAAUGACCAAAAUACGAGGAGCAACGGAGCAAAGUGAAUAGGAGCACCAUGGAUGGAAGAUAGACGUUUCGUUCGGAGAGGAAGGCAGAACGUCGUGAAUGUGAACAGAAAAGCCGAUAAACGGAAACCAUAACUCGAGGGAAGAAAGUGCAACGGAAGAGACAAGAAUGUUGUUGAGUGUAGUAACAUGAAUGAGUAUGAAAAGAGGAUGACAAUAAACAUGAAUAAAGAGGCAUAUUUACAAAUAAGCCAAGUCUAGAGUGGAGAUGGUAAAUAAAAAGAGUUGGUAGUUUGCUGAAGAAACCUAGAUACUAAUCCUAGAAUAAUACAACAGCAUCAACGGUUUUCAUCACUCAACUGAAAGGGUUAUCUGCAGGAGCGCUAUUUACAACC